UACAGCUCGCACCUCCUCCUCCUCCGCGCAUGUCAACGACACGUGCAUCGAUGUUGAAGUGUGUUUUCAGAGCAGCUAACCCAUGUGAAGAUUUAAUUUAGACAAUUAAAUCUCCUUAACCUGUCCGGAGAGUCACACACCGUUUGAGAAUGGGAGGUCUUCAAAAGAAAAAGUUUGAGAGGGGAUCUGCCACCAACUACAUCACAAGAAACAAAGCUCGUAAGAAGUUAUCUCUGAGCCUCCCAGAUUUCAGGCGACUGUGCAUCCUUAAAGGCAUCUACCCUCAUGAGCCCAAGCACAAGAAAAAGGUUAACAAGGGCUCUACAGCGGCGAGGACCUUCUACCUGCUCAAAGACAUCCGCUUUCUGCUGCACGAGCCAAUCGUUGGCAAGUUCAGAGACUACAAGGUAUUUGUACGCAAACUUAAGAGGGCCUAUGGAAAAACAGAAUGGUCUGCUGUGGAGAGACUAAGGGAGAACAAGCCGACCUAUAAAUUGGACCACAUCAUCAAAGAAAGGUAUCCUUCAUUCAUCGAUGCGCUCCGUGAUAUCGAUGACGCCCUGUGUAUGUGCUUCCUCUUCUCCACGUUUGCCCGCACAGGAAAAUGCCACGUUCAGACAAUCCAGCUGUGCAGACGUCUCACUGUUGAGUGGAUGAAUUACGUGAUUGCAUCCCGUUCUCUCAAAAAGGUGUUCAUCUCCAUCAAGGGAAUAUAUUACCAGGCUGAGGUGAUGGGGCAGCUCAUUACAUGGCUGGUGCCAUAUCAGUUCUCCCAUGAUCAUCCAACAGAUGUCGACUACAGAGUCAUGGCAACUUUCACAGAGAUGUACACCACUCUCCAGGGGUUUGUCAAUUUCAGACUCUACCAUUCCCUCAACCUGAUCUAUCCGCCAAAGCUGGACAGCAAAGCAGAGUCACAACUGGAGGAUGAGGGAGCUUACGCCAUGAAUUCAGAAAGCUACUUGGAGAAACUGUCGGCUCUGAGUUCCAGCUUGGCGCGAGUGGUUUCUUCUGCAGAGGAAGAGGAGGCUGAACUCGACCAGUUUCCUGUUGAAGGGGAGGACAUAGAAAAGAUGGAGGCCAGGGAAAAGGAACAGCAACAGCAGGAGGUUCAGAAAAAGAUCUUUGUCGGGCUCAAGUUCUUCCUCAAUAGAGAAUCUCCCAGAGAAUCUCUGGCUUUUGUCAUACGGUGUUUUGGUGGCGAGGUGUCCUGGGACAAGUCUGUUUGCAUCGGUAGCACAUAUGAUGUGAAGGAUGAGACCAUCACACAUCAGAUUGUUGACAGACCCAGCAUUGAAAAACAGUACAUCAACAGGUACUACAUCCAGCCCCAGUGGGUGUAUGACUGUGUCAACGCCAAAAUCCUCCUCCCUGUGGAGGACUACUUCCUGGGAGUGACUCUGCCCCCCCACCUCUCCCCCUUCGUGGAGGAGAAGGACGGAGACUAUGUGCCCCCUGAAAAACUCAAGAUCAGCCUGCAGCGAGGAGAAAAACCUGCCAAUGAUGAAGAGGAGGAGGAGGAGGAAGAAGAAGAGGAUGAUGAGGAUGAUGAAGAGGAGGAUAAUGAAGAUGAAGAAGAAGAGGCAGAGGAGAAGAAUCAAAAGAUGGAACAACAAAGAUCCCAGGGAAAGUCUCUGCAGGUCAAAGUGACACCUGGAAAAGUAAAGGUAGAAAACCCAGAACGCUUGGAGCAGGAGGAGAAAGCGGAGGAGAAACGUCUGGCUAUCAUGAUGAUGAAGAAGAAGGAAAAGUACCUCUACGACAAGAUCAUGUUCGGAAAGAAGAGAAAAGUCCGAGAGGUAUGCAACAAGCUCGCCGCCAAGAGGAAAGCCCACGAUGACGCUGAGAAAUCAAAGAAGAAAAAGGCCAGGAAAUAA